AGCUGCUGCGGAAGGCAGACCUUCCCCUGCUGAUUGUACGGGAGAAAUUUUGACCUUAGAAAGUGGAAAUGAGGUUGCUAUGGAAACUGGUAAUUCUGCUGCCACUCACACACACUUGCACAGGUGUCGGACUCACCAGCCGCCCCACCUUCACCCGGGAGCCCCAGGACGUCACCAUCCCUCUGGAGUCCCCGCAGCCUGACGUCUUCCUGGACUGCGCUGCCCACGGCUACCCACCCCCACAGUACAGGUGGAAGCGCAAUGGCACGGACAUCGACUUUGCCCAGAGCUACCCCUACAGGCUGGAGGGAGGCAGCCUGCUCAUCAGCCAGCCCCGCGUGGACAGAGACGUGGGCAUCUACCAGUGCUGGGCCUCCAACCCGCUGGGGACAGCUCUGAGCCGCAAGGCCACGCUCCAAUUUGCAUACAUCGAGGACUUCAAAGCCAAGACUCGUGGCACUGUGUUCGUCCGUGAGGGGCAGGGUGUGGUGCUGUUUUGUGGACCUCCCCCCCACGUCGGAGACCUCUCGUACGCCUGGACCUUCAAUGACAGCCCACUGCACGUCCAAGAGGACAACAGGAGGUUUGUGUCCCAGGAGACGGGGAACUUGUACAUCGCCAAGAUGGAGCCGUCCGAUGUGGGCAACUACACCUGCUUCGUCACCAACGCCGAGGCCCGGAGGAGUGUGCAGGGCCCCCCGACACCCCUGGUGCGGCGCACGGAUGGCGUGAUGGGGGAGUACGAACCGAAGAUUGAAGUGCGUUUUCCUGAGAGGAGAGAGGCGGCCAAGGAGUCUUCUGUGAAGCUGGAGUGCUUCGCCCUGGGAAACCCAGUCCCUGACAUUAGCUGGAGGAGGUUGGAUGGAAGCCCGUUGCCAGGGAAAGCCAAGUUCAGCCAAUCCCGAGCUACCCUUGAAAUCCCGCACUUUCAACAGGAAGACGAAGGCGCCUAUGAAUGCCUCGCAGGCAACCCUCGAGGACGGAAUCUGGCCAGGGGCCAGCUCAUUUUCUACGCUCCUCCGGAAUGGGAACAGAAAAUCCAAAAUACGUACCUGUCUGUUUAUGACAGCUUGCUCUGGGAGUGCAGGGCUAGCGGGAGGCCGAGCCCCUGGUACGAGUGGCUGAAGGACGGAGAGCGCCUGGAGCCCGAGGAAAGGAUCCAGAUAGAGAACGGGACGCUAAGCAUCGCCAUGCUGAACGUGUCCGACUCGGGGGUGUACCAGUGCACGGCAGAGAACAAGUACCAGAGCAUCUAUGCAAAUGCAGAACUCAGAGUAUUAGCCUCGGCUCCGGAUUUCUCCCGCAACCCCGUGAAGCGGGUGUCGGUCGUGCAGGUCGGGGGCGAGAUCGUGGUGGAGUGCAGGCCCAGUGCCUUCCCCCGCGCCACCGUCUCCUGGAGGAGGGGCGCCGAGGCCCUGAGGCCGGGCGGACGAAUAUUCCUCUCGGAGGAAGGCAGCCUCAAGAUACAGAACGUGACCAGGUCGGAUGCUGGGCCCUACACCUGUGUGGCUGCUAACCAGUUUGGCAUUGCGCGGAGCUCGGGCACGCUGAUGGUGAAAGAGAGGACCCUCAUCACGCUGCCGCCAUCCAGCAUGGACGUCAUGGUGGGCGAGAGCAUUGUGCUCCCGUGCCAGGUGACCCGAGACCCCACCGUCCACGUGGGCUUUGCGUGGACCUUCAACGGGGAGCUCCUCAACCUCCAGAAGGGAGCGGCCCACUUUGAGCGGGUCGGCGGCGAGUCUGUCGGGGACUUGAUGAUCAGGAACAUCCAACUGCACCACUCAGGAACGUACGUGUGUGCCGUGAAAUCCACCCUGGAGAGCCUGUCGGCAGCGGCUGAUGUCAUCGUGAGAGGUCCCCCAGGCCCCCCCACGGAAGUGAGGGUCGAAGCCAUUUCCAGCACGACCUCGGAGCUCAGCUGGACGCCGGGUUCCAGCAACAACAGCCCUGUUCAGAUCUUCAUCAUCCAGGCUCGGACCCCCUUCUCGGUGGGCUGGCUGGCCGUGUCCACAGUUCCAGAAAUUCUCAGCGGCAGCACGCACAAGGCCACGGUGGCCGGGCUGAGCCCCUGGGUGGAGUACGAGUUCCGUGUGCUUGCGGGAAACAGCAUCGGCAUUGGGGAACCGAGUCAGCCGUCAGCACUGCUGAGAACCAAGGCGUCAGUCCCCACGGUGGCACCGGCUGGCGUCGGCGGGGGUGGAGGAAGCCGCUCGGAGCUCGUCAUUACGUGGGAGCCCAUCCCAGAGGAGCUGCAGAAUGGGGAGGGCUUCGGCUACACGGUGAUGUUCCGGCCCGUGGGCUCAGCCGCCUGGACCGUGGAGAGGCAGCCAUCGGUCGACGCCUCAAGGUUCGUGUACAGGAAUGAGAGCCUCAGCCCGCUGUCGCCCUUCGAGGUGAAGGUGGGAGUGUACAACCAGGAGGGGGACGGCCCCUGGAGCACCGUCUGCAUCGUCUACUCGGGGGAGGACGAGCCCCGCCUGGCCCCCAGGGGCACAUCCGUGCAGAGUGUCUCGGCUUCAGAGAUGGAAGUGUCCUGGGAGGCGGUCAGUUGGAACCGGAACACGGGCAGAGUGCUGGGCUACGAGAUUCUGUAUUGGACAGAGGACUCCAGAGGCUCCGUGAUGGGCAGGACACGGGUCAGCGGCAACAUCACCUCCAGGAAUGUCACGGGGCUUCGCGCCAACACCCUCUACUUUGCUGCCGUGAGGGCCUACAACACAGCCGGCCCUGGCCCCUCCAGCGCCCCGAUCAACGUCACCACCAAGAAGUCUCCUCCCAGUCAACCGCCAGCAAACAUCGCCUGGAAACUGACAAACUCCAAGUUAUGCCUCAACUGGGAGCACGUGAGGACCAUGGAGAACGAGUCGGCCGUGCUGGGCUACAAGAUCCUAUACCGGCAGAACCGGCAGAGCAAAGCCCACAUCCUGGAGACCAACAACACGUCGGCGGAGCUGCUGGUGCCCGUGGAGGAGGACUACCUGGUGGAGAUCAGGACGGUCAGCGACGGGGGUGAUGGCAGCAGCAGUGAGGAGAUCAGGAUCCCCCGCAUGUCCAGCCUGAGCUCCGGAGGGCUGGUGCUCACACCCAGCGCCCACUUCCUGUCAGCUCUCGGCGUUUUCUACCUUUUUGCUAUCCAGCCGCUUGUGCGAUGAGGAGGCGG